AUGAGCGUCCGCGGCUUCUUCGCCCCACCGGACUCCCUCCAAUCCAUCCUCGAGGUGGACAAAGAUACCAAAUACCCGGCCAAGACCAAGGUCGCCUGUACCCUGGGUCCCAAGAGCAGAGAUGUCCCAGUUCUGGAGCAGCUGCUGAACGAGGGCAUGGCAAUUGCGAGGAUCGACUUCAGCUGGGGCAGCAAGGAACAUCACCAAGAAACACUUGACAACCUUCGCAAGGCUGUGAGACACACAAAGAAACUGUGUGGUGUCAUCAUGGACACCCAAGGACCCGAGAUACUGGUCAUGAACAGGGGAACAAAGCCCAUUCACCUUGAAAGGGGGGCGAUGGUGGCUUUGACUUGCAACCAAUCUGCUCAGGCAUCUGCCAAGAUCCUGCCAAUUUCUUGCCCUGCUUUUGAUUGGUUCGAUGUGCGGCCUGGUGCUCCAGUGUUCAUUGGGCAGUACCUUGCCACAGGAAGCGAAACAACCUCUGCAUUACUUACAGUGAACAAGGUGACAAAGGACACUGUUGAGUGCACUUGCAACAAUGCAGCCAUAUUGGAGGGACUUCGACUCACCAUUCACUUCAUGGGCACACCCUCAAAGGGUCCUAUCCUGUCUGACAGCGAUGUGGAUGUCAUCAAAACUUGGGGAGUCCAGAACAAGAUCGAUUUUCUGUCUCUGUCUUUCUGCCGAGGGGCAGAAGAUGUGAAGACGUGCAGGAAGCUGUUGGACAGCUGUGGGCUGAAGAGCACCAAAAUUCUUGCUAAAAUUGAGACAAGACUCGGUCUUUCUAAUCUCUCAGAUAUUCUCCCGGAGGCGGAUGGGAUCUUGUUUUCAAGAGGACAUUUGGGGGUUGAAAUUGAUGCUGAAAAGAUGUGCCGGAUUCAAAAAAUGGUACUGCAGGAGUGCAAUCAGGUUGGCAAACCAGUGAUUGUGACUCGUGUCCUUGACACAAUGACGGACACUCCUCGGCCAACGCGGGCGGAAGCAACAGACGUUGCCAACCUUGUGCUGGAUGGCACAGAUUGCAUCCUGUUGGGUGCUGAGACUUUCCGAGGGCACUACCCAGUGGAGACAGUUAAGACAACAGCUGCCAUAUGCAGGCAAGCAGAGAAGGCCUAUGACAGUGAGGCCUUCUACCAGUCACUGGUGGAGGAUACAACAGGGCAGGAAGGAGAAUGGACGGGAACCACGCUGGAGAGCUUGGCAUCAUCAGCUGUGCGAGGGGCAGUCAAGCUGAAUGCUGCAUUGAUCAUCGCCUUCACCAUCACUGGCCGAACAGCCAAGACGUUGGCCAAGUACAGGCCACCAAUGCCCAUACUCUCGGUGGUCUUCCCUCGGCUUCACACGGAUGCCCUGAAAUGGACAUUCACAGGGGAGGCUGAGGCCCACCAGAUCAUGAUCAGCCGAGGUGUUUUCCCAUUGCUGGCCGAUCCCAGUCUGGGUGGCACAACAGAAGCAGAAAGCAUGGAGGGAUCCAUGCUGAGCAGAGCCAUCGCACACGCAACGAACAAGCAGUGGAUAAAGCGUGGCGACCGCAUCGUGGUGCUCCAAUGUCCACGAAAGAACGAAGACUUCAAUUUCAGGGAGUCAGGAGUGGUCAAGUUUAUAACAGUGACUGAUGAGGUGCUGGAUGCUGCUGUGAGCACCUACAAUACGCACACUACCGCUGUGCAAGAGCUUCGGCCGCGUCUGUUCCGCUACCAGAGCAAGAAAGGCUCGUUCAAGACCGAGCCUGUGCUCAUGAGAGUCAGUGCAGAGGGUGGCGAGCGCACAGUGACAAGUUUCCCGCUGGCCACCAUUAGAGCAGAAGACAACAUGAGGGCUUCGAGUGGUGAUGAAGAUGGGCUACUGAGUGCGGACACUGAAUCUGACGAUGAUGCUGUGGCGGUGGUGGGUAUGCGGUAA